AGGCGACCCGCAAAUUUUGGGCUUUUGCGUGUCGCUGAACCACGGGCAGUCAAAGCCGUGAUUGAAGAGUGCCCCGUUUGGGUCUGGGCUUCCCGCAGAGCCUCAUCUGCGACGCUUGCUAGUGCAUUUCCUAUUGCGGUCUUGCUGGCCUCUAUCUGAGCGUGUUGGACGAGUGAUGAUGCUUCGGAGCGCUGCUGCCGGGAUGGUUGCAGUGAUUGCUUCAUUGCUGCAGUCGGCCGAUUGUUCCAGCGCUCGUAUAUUGGCUUCUGGACCUUGUAGCUCUAGCAAGAUCCCAGCGCUCUCGUUGGAUAAAUCGAUGAGUGGUAUCUACAAUUUCCAAAUGCGUUCCACGCGUUCAACGCGCACUAACGCCCACGUCUGCAUCUCGCAAAACCUGGUUCGGUUUGCGUCACCUUGUGCAGCCCACGUCCGAGCUAUCCAUCAAACUCAACCUUCCACGCGCCUUCCUCGCCACCGUUCUGUGCAGGUUCGCCGCAUGUUCCAAGCAAAGGCGGUUUGAUGAUUUGAAUGCCACUGGUGAACGUGCGGGUUAGUCGCUACUGGACGCGGGUAGUGGGUCCUCUCUUUUUGCAGUUUGCACGUUGGGCUGGGAUGCCUGGGUGUAGGGCAGAGAUGGGGACUCUGCGUGCAUUGAGGAAAAGUGGGGGGUAUUGU